AUUGAUAAUAUACAAGACGCUGAACAAACAGCUCUAAACCCAAGGCAAGCUGAAGACAAGCCCUCUUCCUUUGCUGAUGUAGAGGAUAUUGCAGACUCAACACUGCAGACACAACCCAAUUCACUGUGUCCAAAUAUGUCUCUUGGUCAUGUCUCAGUGAAAGCCUCACAAGUUGCCCCAAACCUUAAGCCAAUAUCUUCAGUAGCUCUUGAUAAACCCUCCAUCAUACCUGCUGUGUCUGACUUGGCAUCAGUUCCAAUUCAGAUUUUGGCUAAUACUACAGGGUCAAACACUCCCAUUCUUCUUCUUCCUCCAUCUCAGCUUCAGUCGCUUUCCUCAUCAGCCUCUAAGGCUAGCCCAGGGCUAAUUACCCUUUCCUUACCGAUUCCUCAUAGUCAGAACACUCAGUCCUCCCCCAUGUUCCUAGUUUUGUCACCUCCGGUGUCCUCUACUCCUAGUUCAUCCUCUCCUGGUCAGUUAUCUCAGAUUUCCCCCUCUUCCACUGUUUCCUCAGCUACUUGUCCACUUGAUUUGGGAUCUACAUUAAGUUCAUGUCCAUCACUUCUUAGCCUCGGCACGGUUUCAUCUGCCACAGCUACAGACAUCUCAGGAUUGAAUAACCCCUCUAAUGUUCCUGCUAGCCCUACCUCAUCAACUGCUUCCUCUAGCACUUCCACAGUGACCUCUACAAGUCCAACCAAGCAGUUCAGCUCCGAUGCCUACUCCGACACACCAGUGCCCACUUCCUUUCGGGAGGCUCUUCUCAGAUUGGCUGUGUCAGUGGAGAAGAAACAAGAAAACAAGCCUGAGGUUCAUUCGGUCACUAUUCCAUCCCUAUGUUCCGAAGCAACCAAGUCGGAUUCCUCUUCCACAGUACAUGGGAGUAAAAGCCACGAGACGGAGAUAAACUGUGAUGGUGACACUGAGUCUACCUCAGUAGACCAAGCAGACGCAUUAGAUACCAUCUCUUCCACAUCACCCCUUCCUCCCAUAUCACCCGUAAAUCCCACCAAUCACCCAAAGGACCAAGACCCACAAGCAUUAGGCCCACGUCGCAUUCUUUACUGUCAGUACUGUCCGCGGGUCUUCUACUAUCUUUCAGACCUUGAACGCCAUUCCAUCACACACUCCCAAAGCAAACCCCACGUGUGUCAUCUUUGUGGCAAGGCGUUCAAAAGAUCAAGCCAUCUUGAGCGACAUAAACACAUCCAUACAGGUCAGAGAAACUUUGUGUGCCAGCUUUGCCCGAGGCGUUUUCGUGAAUCAGGGGAGCUAAUGAGACACCAGAGAGUACACACCGGUGAGAAACCUUUUCAGUGCUUGAUAUGCCACAUGCGUUUUGCAGAGCGCAACACACUGCGACGUCACACAAAGCGCAAGCACCAAGGCCAGCAUCUGGAGGCGAUGGGCAUGAAGGUGAAGCCAGAAAGUGGAGAAAUUUCCCUCACUGGUGUACAAGGAGAGUCAGAAGAGAAUGCUGAGUGGUACAGUUCAACAGUUCCUGAAAUGGAGUCUGACAGUGACACCGGGGGAGAUUGAACUACAUGAGGGCAUGAAAAAACUGAUUUUCUUUUUUUUUUUUCUCACAAAAUUUCAAGACAAGCAUAGUUGUAAAAACGUUUAUUGAUAUAACAAUUCUUUACUUCUCACAAGACUAAUAUAAUUGUCUAUAGUUCAUUCCAUUAACUCUUGAGACCUUUACUGGUGAUGACUGAAUCCUGCAAUAUUCACUUCAGAUUCAUUCUAAUAAGCUUUAGUUAUUGAGAUUGACCACUUGAUAAAAAAAAAUUGUUUCAAUUAUUCAUCUCGAAUAAUUUUGAAUCACCAUUAUUUGAUACUUAUUGUUCUCAUUUCAGUUUUUUCAGUUCAUGUACAGCUUUCAAGGCAAUGAUGUAGUUAUUGUAAAAGACUACGGUACUUAGUUUCAAUAUUUAUAAUUUUAUAUUAUGAUAUAUUGAAAUAAUGACACAGAGACAAGAAAUUGCCUAGAUCAGCACAUCUCUAAAUCAUGUUGUGUCCACAAAACUCUGCAGAUAUCCACAGAAUUGGACCAUACAUCAUUCUCAAAGUUCUCAUCAUCUUCCACUCCUUUCACGUUCACUUAUGGCUAAUUUGAUCAUGCUUUUCCUGCUUUUAGCUACUGCAAACUAUGCUUUGGUUUUCUUGUCUUUCAAACUUGUUCAAUGCAAGUGCAUUGUGGCUGCUUUGUGAUUCUCCACCUGACCUGCAGGGGACAGUAUGGUGUUGUGUUUUCUUUAUACUCUUUCAAACUUGAGAUUUACAAAUGCGGGGAUCUUCUGACCUGGCACUGUUGUCACUUACACAUUUGUCUUUUGUUGGUUGGCAUCUUUUGUUGGCAUUUUGUUUAUUGUUGGCAAUUUUUAUUGGAAUUUUCUGUCAUCUUCUUUGACUUAAAUUAACAGCCCAACUAUGAGAGUUGCUACCAAGAAGACUAAUGACUGCAGUCAAUUGGGAGAGGGUGUAUUUUUUUAUUUUUUUAUUUUUUUAUAUAUAUAUAAUUGACUAUGGAAAAGUAAAGCAUGCACCUGGUUACAGAGUUUAGUACUCCUUUAAAACAUUCUAUCAUGCUUUCUUUAAAAUCAAUUUUAUUCUGUAUAUUUCUACAGACCCCCCCCCCCCCAUUUUUAAUUUUCAGAUAUUAUGCAUUAUGAAACAUUUUGCUCUCUGUUCAUUUCGGUUUCUCCCUUUUGCUUUUUUUUUUCCAGAACAGAGAAUUUUUGGUCACCUUAGUAUUUUUCUUUUGAAUGAUCUGCAUUGUUCAUUUUUAAUAUUGAACAUCAACUUUUUGGUUUAUAAACUCUUUUUCCUCUUCAGGGAAACAGGCUGUUUCAUUUUAUUAGCGUGAAAUAUAUAUAUAUUUUUCAUCUGGACAAAGAAGGUUUUACUUCUCAUAAUAGGUUGUCAGACAUUUGUUACAAAUUGUUGGAGAAAGUUUUAAUUUGAAGUUCAUCUGCACAUGUUCUUUUUGAUAUGUAAUUUAAUUUAUUUGAGACAAGAUUUCAACUUUGAGUUGCAGUUUUAAACUUUAAACUUUGAUUAGCUGAAUGUCUAACUUAUUAGUUUUUUUUUUUUAAAUAAGUUUUAAAAAAAUGUUUUA